AUGAUUUGCCUUCAGAAAUUGCCUAACGCUGUAAGAGCCAAAUUUGAGAAUUCUUUGGGCCCUGACGACUUACCUGCUUUUGACCACCUGAUGAAAUUCAUUUCCAACCAAGAAAAAUCGCUGGAGGUAACCGCCAUCAAUGAGGUGAGCGAACAGUUAUCUAGUGCUAGUUACACCGCUAUACCAACCGCAAAAGUGAAGACUGAAGAUCAUUCACAAGUAGUAAAACCGCAAUUUACUGAAAACAAAAGUGGCAGCAAUCUGUGUGUACUAUGCAACAUUCCUCAUCCAUUGUACAAAUGUGAGCGCUUUAGGAAGGAACCUAUCAACAAACGAAUGGAUAUUGUCAAGCAAAACCGCAGAUGCUUCGGAUGCCUCGGGUCCCACCUCAAAGCCAAAUGCAAUUCACUGUCCUCUUGUCGUGCAUGUAAAUCAAUCCAUCACCAUACCCUGCUAUGCAAAAAUAAUGAGAGUUCACAAUCCUUUUUAAUUGCUGAACGCCGACCAGAUCGCUACCCUUCUGGCUCUCAUAAUAGGCCUACCAUAUCUAGUUACCAACCAGCUUCCACCUCUGGAGGUGCUAGCUGUCGCUCCCCGCCACCAGGAUUUGAACCAAUGUCAACACAGCGGUUUACCGAUGACAUACACUCAUCACAAUAUGUAAGUAAUUCAUGUUGUACCGAUUCGAGAAUCCCGCAAAACACGGCCAGUCCCUCACGGUCUUCUUCGUCACCUUUUGGCACAGCGCCUGUGACCAAUAUCUCAACCCCAACCCGCAGUUCAUCCACCGGCAUGCCGGACACCUUCAGUGGCUGUGCACAAGUGAAAGCUGUACACGCUUCUGCUUUACUGGGCACCGCUAUCGUUGCCGUUGUUGAUCAAUACAACCGAUCACAAUUACUACGUGCUGUAUUGGAUUGUGGCUCCAUGAGAUCGAUUAUCACUACCCGAGCUGCCCAGCAACUUGGUAUCACCAUCAUGCCCGCACGCAUUCAGAUUAAUGGUAUCUCUGAACAAGCGACCGCUGUAAAAGGUACCACUCAUUUGACACUGCUAUCUCGACCGCAGUUUAACACCUUUCUCCAAACUGAAGCCCUUGUCUUAGAGCAAAUAGCUGGUGACCUACCCGCUUUUCCAAUCAGCAGUGAGCUCAAAACCUCACUUUCACAUUUGGAUCUCGCUGACCCUGGUUUUGACCAACCCAAUAGGAUAGACCUCUUGAUCGGAGCUGACAUUUAUCCUAAUGUAUUUGUUUCUUCCGCCAAUGCUAUUAUACCAGGAAAUCCCGCUGCCUUCGCCACUAUAUUUGGCUAUGUUCUGAGUGGAAAGCUAAAUAUUGAGGACUCACCUGCUCCGCUUCAUCAGAUGCAACUUAUCUGCACCAUGUUUGCCCGCGAAGAACUGCUUGCUGAGGUCAUGAACAAGUUUUGGGAGACUGAAGAUGUCCAAAUAAAUGUGAAACUCUUAUCACCUGAAGAUGAACUCUGUGAACAGCUCUAUGAGUCCACUACCUACCGCAAUGAUGAAGGCAGAUAUGUAGUCGCACUCCCCUUCAAGCCUAGCGCGCCUGUUCUUGUUUCAAACCGCAAGCAAGCUUAUCGAAGUCACCUUGGAUUAUUAAAACGCUUGGAAAAUUCUUCGGAACUAAAGAAGAAAUACGACAACUUCAUGACAGAAUAUCAUGAGCUUGGCCAUUUGGAACUUGCCAAAUCUGCUUCUGACUAUGUGAUUCCACACCAUGCAGUUUUUAAAAAUAAGGACCCCACUCAGAAAAUCAGGGUGGUGUUUAAUGCUUCCAGCAAGGAUACCAAUGGGCAUUCACUAAAUGAGAAUUUGUUACCAGGGCCAAAACUGCAGUCCAAUAUUAUUCAAGUAUUGACCAAAUUCCGCACUUACAAGUACAUUGUCCUUUCUGAUUGCAAGCAGAUGUAUCGCCAGAUUUUGUUAAGGCCUGAAGACUGCCAUCACCAACAUGUUUUUUGGAAACCUAAUUAUCAUGAACCUGCAAAAGAAUUUGAACUUAAAACCGUAACCUAUGGGCUUACUUCCAGUGCUUAUUUAGCGCAAUGCACAUUGCAACAACUUGUCAAGGAUGAAGGAGAAGCAUUCCCUGUGGCAAGUAAAGUUUUAACAAGUCAAACUUAUGUUGAUGACCUGCUGGGAGGAAGUAACAAUUUUUCUGAAGCACAAACGCUUAUUUCUGAACUGAUUGAGUUAUUGUCGCUUGGCUCCUUUGAACUUCGGAAAUGGAACUCUAAUACUCCUGAAUUGAUCGCUAACUUGCCUGCAGAACUUUUGGAAAAUCAAGAUUGUAUGUUUGAUGACAACGCUACUGCAAAAGUUCUUGGAAUUGUCUACAGCCCGCUCGCGGACAACUUUCGCUAUUUCAUUUCUCCUUUUAAUGGGCAAAUCACUAAAAGAACCGUUCUAUCAUUCAUCGCUCGAGUCUACGACCCCCUUGGGUGGCUCACUCCUCUCAUAAUGCUGUUCAAGCUAUUCAUGCGCACGCUGUGGUCUCAGCAAUUAGCUUGGGACACUGAGGUUCCAGCCUCACUUCGAGCUCAUUGGGAGCUGAUUACCGCUGAAAUUUCCCGUUUGGACAAUGUUGUAAUCCCGCGUUUACUCGCCUGUAACCGCUCUACUACCCGGCUGCUUGGAUUCGCCAAUGCCUCCGAAAAGGGGUUUGCUGCUUGUAUAUAUAUUCAUGAAGAGACUGAAAAUAGAUAUGUUAACUGCCGUCUCAUAGCCGCCAAAAGUCAUGUCGCCCCGCUGAAAACUAUGACAAUUCCACGCCUGGAAUUGAUGGGUUGUUUGCUGCUUGCUCGUUUACUAUCCGCCAUCUUACCUACGCUGUCCGAAUAUGAUUUACAAGAAAUUCGACUCUACACCGAUUCCAAGACUGCCUUGGAUUGGAUCAACACACCCACAUACAAAUUGCAGAUUUUUGUUGCCAACAGAGUACAGCAAAUUACUCAGUUAACAAAACUUGAGUCAUGGCAUCACGUUACUUCUGCUAACAACUGUGCAGAUAUUGCUUCGAGAGGCUUGACUCCCGCUGAAAUCAUCUCCUGCCAUGAUUGGUGGCACACUACCAAUGCAUUUCGUUGUCUCGCCACUGACUUUCCCGUGUCCAAUCAUCUUGUUUCCAACAUUGUACCUGAGAUGAAAACUAACCCGCUGUACAUUCUCGCUACUGUUGAAGAACCAAUUGAGAAUCGUUUAUUUGUCAACCGCAUCAAACCAGCCCGUUAUGAAUAUCGCUGCAAAAUAGUCAAACAGAUUGAAACCUGUGAAACGCCUGCCUCAAUUGACACCACCGCCUGUGAAGCUGAAAUAGCUAGAAAACUCAUUGUUCAAGUUGUGCAACGGGAUAAAUUUCAGAAGGAAAUAACAGAGUUGAAAGCUGGAAAAUGUCCUAAGCAUCUACUAACGUUGCAACCGUACAUUGAUGAUUACGAUUUGAUACGCUUAUCUGGUCGUCUUGAGCACGCUCCGAUUUCUAGUGAAGCUAGAAAUCCAUUAUUGCUGCCGAAAAAUGAGCAUGUAUCCUCACUCAUCAUUCGACACAUACAUCUUCAAAAUUGUCAUGCCAGUCCCCGCACCACACAAGCAGCUGUUUGCCAACAGUAUUGGAUAAUCUCUGCCCGCAAUCAAGUUCGCCGCAUAAUACAUCAAUGUGUCAUUUGUAACCGCUUUUGCCGCACCAACCUACAGCAACGUAUGGCCCCGCUACCUGCUGAAAGAGUCACCGCCAAUAGACCAUUCAAUUUAACUGGCUUGGACUUUGCUGGUCCUUUCUCAUGCAAAACAUCUUUAUUGAAACGCACACAAACAACAAAAGGUUAUCUGUGCAUAUUUGUAUGUUUGACCACCAAAGCUACUCAUCUAGAGUUCCUGUCCUCGAUGUCUGUCAACAACUUCAUCGCCGCUCUACACCGAUUUAUUGCCCACAGAGGUGCGCCGCACACUGUGUUUUCAGACAACGCUAAGACUUUCACAUCUGCCGCAAGAAAAAUGUAUGAGUUAGAAAAACUCUUGAAGACGAUGCCCUCUGAAGUGAAGUGCUUUCUGUCUAACUACGGCAUAAGCUGGAAGUUCAUUCCCCCUUAUGCUCCGCAUCAAGGAGGCAUAUGGGAAGCCGCCGUCAAAUCCGCCAAAACACUGCUACACCGCUGUAUUGGGGACACAGCUCUUACAUACGAAGAGUAUGACACCAUUUUCGUUAGAAUUGAAAGUAUUCUAAAUAGUCGACCGCUUACAGAAUUGUCCUCUGAACCUGCUGAAGCUGCCUCCGUGCUCACUCCCGGGCACUUCCUAAUUGGUAGACCUCUUACCGCACCACCGCAACCCAUAGAGACGAAGGAACUAUUGGUCGCACGCCGCUGGAGACUUACAAACCGAAUGACCCAAUAUUUCUGGAAUCGCUGGUCCAAGGAGGCACAAAAUGGAAAACCGCUGAAAGAAACUUGCAACUUAACGAUUUGGUCAUAA